AAGCCAAACAGACCUUAAGCUGAAGCUUGAAGCCACUACAGAAGCUCCAGUAAAUGGCUAAUUCCCAAACCAAGCCAAGCCAGAUCCACAUGGCUAUUGCCUAUUAGUAAAAAAUACCAUUAAAUAAAGCACCCCUAGAGAGAAUAGAGUGAAUGAAAGCCUUGGAGGCAACAACACACUCUCUCUUUCAGUCUGCAACAGUCUCCUCCUCUCUCUCUCUCUGAUUUUAGGCUUGUGCUUUGCUACUACUCACAUCUUACCUCUUCUCUCUCUUACCCUGAAAUAGAGGAAGCAGAGAUACCCAUAGAAGCUUUAAUGUCCACCCACCGCUUCUGAGUCCCCCCUAUCUCUCUCUUUCUCUCUCUUUCUUCAAAGACUGAACCUUUGCUAUUGGGUCUAAAUCCUUCUCUGCUCAGAGACGCAGACCUAUUUCGCAUUUCUUGCUCUCUGUGUUGUUGUUGCUUAGAUAAGUCCCAAAAAGAAAGAAACAGAGACACCACCAACUACUCCUUUCUGUAAUUCCCUCUCAACCAUUUUCCUCUGUUUCUGCAGCUACUGUUUCUCUUAGAUCUAUCACCAACCUGCCCUUUUUUCUAUUUCCAUUCAUUGUAGUCUUGUGUUUGUUGCAUUUGAGUUUUAGCAGCCAUGAGUAAAGAAGAGUUCUUGAAGAUCCAGAAAUGUUCUCUCAAAGUUAACAUUCACUGUGAUGGAUGCAAGCACAAGGUGAAGAAAAUCUUGCAGAAAAUUGAUGGGGUUUGUACAACCGACAUAGAUUCCGAGCAGGGGAAGGUGAUCGUUUCCGGCAAUGUUGACCCCUCCGUUCUGAUCAAGAAGCUCGCGAAAUCAGGGAAACGUGCAGAGCUCUGGGGCGCUCCGAAGGCCAACAACAACAGUCAGAACCAGAACAACAUGGCCAAUCAGAAGAACAUGCAACUUGACAAUGGCAAAGGGAAUAACAAAGGCCAGAACAACCAGAAAGGCGGCGGCGGAGGCGGAGGAGGAGGAGGAGGAGGCAACAACAAUCAGCCCAAGGGUGGAGGACAACAAGGCCCAAACCCUCAGCAACAGCAACAAAUGCAACAGCAAAUGCAGCAGCAACUCCUGCAGCUGCAGCAGCUUCAGCAAAUGAAGGGGUUGCAAGAUCUGAAGCUGCCCCAAUUGAAAGGGAUGCAAAUGGCUCCUGGUUUCAAAGGCCCGAACCCACCUAGCCAGAACCAGAAGGCUGUCAAAUUCGCGGACAUGGACGAAGAUGACAUGACUGAUGAUGAGUAUGAUGAUCUUGAUGAUGACGAAGAUUAUGACGAGGAGGAUUUUGAUGACGAGCUGGAUGAUCCUCGCCUGGUUCUGAAUAAGAUGAAGCCGGCGGCAAUGGGUGGUGGUGGUGGUCAGGGGCUGCCUCCUAUGAUGAUGAAUGGAAUGAACCACCAACAGAUGAUGAAUGUUCAGAAGGCUGGUGGUGGACAACAGAAUGGUGGCGGCGGCGGCGGUGGUGGUAAUGGUGGAAAGAAAGGUGGUGGCGGCGGUGGAGGAGGGGGUGCGCCGUCUCAGGGGAAUAUGGGUGGUGGCGGUGGAAAGAAAGGCGGUGGCGGUGGUGGAGAUCAUGGUCAAAAUCAAGCUGGGGGUGGCGGCAAAAAUGGAGGCAAGAACAGUGGUGGGUUUCCCCCAAAUGGUGGUGGUGGGGCACAGAACAAGAAUGGUAACGGAGGCCAAGGUGGUGGUGCUAAUGGCAAUGGAGCUAAAAAGGGGGGUGGUGGUGGUGGAAUGAGUGAGGCUCAACUCCAUGCUAUGAUGAGCCACCAGAACAUGGGUGGGAGACCUCAAGGCAUGCCUGGAGGUAAUGUGGGGCAGCAGAUGCCUGGGAUGAGCCAGAUGAACAUGGCAAUGGGUCCAAUGGGUCCAAUGGGUCCAAUGGGUCCAAUGGGAAGCAUGCCAAUGGGUCAGAUGGGCCAAAUGCCGGCCGUUCAAGGUCUACCGGCUGCCGCCAUGAGUGGCGGCGGCGGCGGCGGCCCCGGUGGCUACUUCCAAGGAGCUGGGCCUGAGGCCAUGCCUGGUAACCCAUACCAGAACCCACAGUUAAUGGCUGCAAUGAUGAACCAGCAGAGAGCUAUGGGCGGCGGGGACAGGUCGUUCCAGCCUAUGAUGUAUAAUAGGAUUCCUCCAUCGACCAACUACAUGCCGCCCCAGCAUUACCCAUACCCUCCUCCAGCUGGUGGUGACCCCUACACCCAUUUCUUCAGUGAUGAGAACACUUCAAGCUGCAAUGUGAUGUGAAGCCAGAGCAAUCAACGGGAAGUUAGUGCUUGAUCUUCUGAGGAAUUGGGCUAGCUGCCGAGUUUGUUUGUGGUGGUGCUUCAGUUCAUGCUUCCAAGGACUAAAAAUCUGAUGAUGCCAUAUUAUACAUGGAAAUGUUUUUUUUUCCUUUUAGUUUUAAUUUUCAUCUUUCAUUUUACCUUUUAUCCUAAGUUAUAUUAGCAUUAAUUAUCAAUAGGGGAGUAUCUAUAGAUAAUAUAAUUAAAGCUUCUAGGGGAGAAUGAUGGGGGGAUGCAAGUGAGGAAGAAAUAGUGUUUGCGAGCAUUCUCUUCUUUAUGAGAUGUUUAUAUGUGUUUAUAAGUUGCAGACAACAAUAAUAUGAAAAAGAGAAUAUGGGAGAAGCAAAACAACCCCAACUCUCUCUCACUC